AUGGAGACUGUUUCAUCGGAAACAGUUUCAAAAACUGGUGUUUUGAACUCAAACGAGUGCCAGCUGAAUAUGGAAUUGAGUGAUGAGCAGAAGAAUCGACCGGGGAAAAAGAAGAGGAAGUCAAGGAGAAAGAAACAUGAGUUGAAGAGCAAUGAUUCUCAUAUCGAUAACCAAAAUGGAAAGGCAGAUGAGGCAGCUUCAUUUGAAGAAAGAAAGGAGAAGGAAGCAGAGAAAACCACCAGUGAGGAUCAAGUUGAAGAGCCUGGAGUUACAUUACUUCGCAUGGACGCAAUUUCUUCAACGAAAGAAGAUUCUCUACCAGAAGCUAAUAGGAAUGGUUCCAAGAGUAAAAGAUCGAGAAGAAACAAGAAGAAAAAGGAUGCUGUGGAUGAAGAGAAAAUGUUUGAUGAUGCAGGAGAAACCACCAACGAAGAUCAAGUGCAUCCACCACCCAAGAAUCCUUUGUCAAACACUACAAUACAAGAAGAUUCGUGCCAACAAGCUCAGGAUUCUUUUGAAAAGCCUGAAGCUGCACAACUUCUUACAGACCCAAUUUCGUCAACACGAGAUGAUGUCCAGUCAGAUGCUAUGACUUGUUCUGAGAGAAAGAGACACAAAAAGAAAAGAAAGAAAGACAAAGUUGGAAAUGCUCUGAGGGAAAGUGGUGUUGAUACCAAUUCAGAGGUUACAACGAAAUGUGUUGCUAGCCUUGAUUCGGAAGCUGAAGGAUCAAAAUUGAUGAGUAUAGAGGGGGAAAAUGUUGCUAGUGCUGUGAUUAUUGGUCGUCUGAAAUCCAAGGAUGAUACAAUGGAACCACAAAACGGUGCAGAGGUAAAAGCCGAUGAUGCUGUGUCCCAAACUCAGAGUCCUAAAGCCAAGAAAAAGAAGAGAAGCAAAACCAAAACGAUGGAGGUCUGUGAUCCUCUAGAUACAUUGGAACCACAAAACGGUGCAGAGGUAAAAGCCGAUGAUACUGUGUUCCAAACUCAGAAUCCUAAAGCCAAGAAAAAGAAGAAGAGCAAAACCAAAACGAUGGAGGUCUGUGACCCUCUAGAUACAUUGGAACCACAAAACGGCGCAGAAGUAAAAGCCGAUGAUACUGUGUCCCAAACUCAGAGUCCUAAAGCCAAGAAAAAGAAGAAGAGCAAAACCAAAACGAUGGAGGUCUGUGACCCUCUAGAAAUUACUUUAGCAACCUCUAUGAAAGGUGGGUCAGUAAAGUGUAUGGAACCUGCUUGUGUAAGUGAUGAAACGACCAAAAAACGGAAGGGCAAGAAGAAGAAAACGUCAUCCACAGAUCAGACAAUUGCAGAAAUGGAGGUGGAGGUCUGUGAUCCAUCUUGUAAUAGUAAUGCUGGAAAAGAGUUUGUGGGCGAGGAUAUGACAAGUAAAACUGACAAAUCUGCAGCGGGAGAGAUACAAGCAGAAGGUAUUAAUGACGUUGGGCACAAAAGAAAAAAGAGGAAGCGAAACAAGAUGAAAGAAUGUGAAUCAGUAGCCACCAUGGAUGGCGACACAGAACAAUGUUUAUUGUCUCAUUCGAAAAGAGGUGUGGCAAAUUGUGAUGGGAUUUCUGAUGGGAAGACUGACGUUAAGGAUUUGGCAAACAAAAUCGAAGAUUCUGCAACUGAGGGGAAAAGUUUCCAGAGUGUUGAGAAAACCAAAAAACUGAAAAAAGAUAAAAGGGGAGAAGUUGAUCAGGAUGCUUCGGGAGCAGAAGGUGUCGAUGUGGUUGAGGUUAAACCAAAGAAGAGGAAGAAGAAGAAGAAAGAUUCUUGUGAAGAUCACGAAACUGAUAAAAUGGAUGCGGAGAAGGAUGAAACAUCUUUGUCAAGUUCUGUCUUAAUGCAAAGUAAUGUGGUUCAAGGAGUCGCUUCACUGGGAACUGAAGAUUUGUCUAGAUGUUCAUGCGAAGGUGGAAGUACCAAAAAGUUGGUUGUCUUUGAUUUGAAUGGGAUCCUUGCAGACAUUGUCCAGGGACAUACGGGUCAAUUUUUUCCAGACGGUAGAAUAUCAUCCAGAUCAAUUUUCAGGAGACCAUUUGUUGCUAGUUUCCUUGACUUCUGCUUUGAGAGAUUUGAUGUUGGGAUAUGGUCUUCCAGACGCAUAGGAUUGGAUUAUAUGAACCACGUUGUCUUGGGAAACCAUGCGAGGAAUUUGCUGUUCUGUUACGAUCAGAGCAUAUGCAUUACAACAAACUUCAAAACUCUGGAGAACACCACAAAACCUUUGUUCCUUAAAGAUCUAAGGAGAGUCUGGAACAGUUUUGGGACAUGUCCCACUUGUGGAAAACAGAAAUACGAUGAGAAAAAUACCUUACUAGUUGACGAUUCACCCCACAAGGCCCUGUGUAAUCCUGCGCAUACUGGAAUUUUCCCUUUCCCAUAUCAGUACACAAACCGUAACGAUUCUGCAUUAGGACCUGAUGGUGAGCUUAGGAAGUACUUAGAAAGAUUAGCGGAUGCAGAGAACGUUCAAAAGUUCGUACAGGAGAAUCUGAUCGGCCAGACUGCCAUAACUGAGGGGCACGAAUCAUGGACGUUCUACUCUAGGGUCAUCGAGGCACAUAAGUAA